AUGCCUUUGAUAUCAACGCUCGCUGACGAUAGCCUGGCAACAAAUGCAAAUAGAUCAGAUGUCAUGAAUAGUCCACGCCCUGAUUCGUUCAACAGCCAAUUAAAAUCUGGGAAACGUAUGACGUCAGGCAAAGCUAAAAAUAAACGGACCUUAAAUAGUCCUUACAAUGUCAACGAAGCCAGCCAGGCCAGCAAGGAUGAAUAUCAGUUUGAUACGGAGUAUAAGAAUCUGUUUCAAAACAACAACAACAACAACAUUAACAGCAACGACAACAACAUCAAUAUCAACAACAUCAACAACGUCAACCUCAUUAACAUCAACAACAUUAACAAAGUUACCAAAGCCAACAACAAUUACAUUAACAACAACAACAACAGCAGCUACAUCAACAACAACAACAACAACAACAUCAACAACAACAUCAAUAACAACAUCAAUAACAACAACAACAACAAUAACAUCAACAACAACAACGAUUUUUCAGCCACUAUGACGCAUUUUCCGAAACGUCCAAACAAAAAAACGCGAAAGUACAGAAGCCUAAAUGGCGAUCAGGAUGACUUUGCCAGUGACGUCAUCAACAAUAAUACUGAUGAUGAUGAUGAUGACGGUGAUGAUAAUGAUCUCUAUUACAAACCAUACGAUUGCAGUUAG